AUGGGCCGUCUCACCUUGUGGCGCUUUAUUAGCGAGCAGUGGCAGACAAUCAAACCAGUUGAGAAAGUCGACCUGACUGGCAAGACUGUCAUCAUCACUGGCGGAAAUGCUGGUCUCGGCUUUGAGGCUGCCAAACAUUUUGCGACUAUGAAUCCUGGUCGCUUGAUUAUAGCAUGCCGGAGCGAGGAGAAGGGCAAGGCUGCUCUUUCCAAGCUCUCACAAGACACAGGCUAUACUAAAGCGGAAAUUUGGACUCUUGAUCUCACCCGCUUCGCUUCCGUGCGUGAAUUUGCAGAUCGAUUCGAACGUGAAGGCGGGCGUCUCGAUAUAUUGGUAGAAAAUGCUGGUAUAAUCGGUUCAACUUCAUAUGAAAAAACGGAAGAUGGAUACGUCUCUAUCCUCCAAACCAAUGUCAUAUCCCCAUCUCUCCAUACGCUUCUACUUCUCCCUUACAUGAUAAAAACCGCGGAGGAGCACAAGACCAAACCAAGGAUCGUUCAGGUCUCUAGCGACGUUCACUACAGGGCUAUGGGCAAGAAGAACAAAAAGUUUGCGGACCAGUCCAACAUAAUUGACGCGCUGUCGAGUCUUGAAUAUCAUAAUCAGACACCUUUGAACAGCCACUAUUUUGACACUAAACUGCUCAACGUCUUCUUCGUGCGUGCGCUUCAAGCCCGUCUUGCAAAAUAUCCCUCUAUAAUCAUCGACGCUGUUAAUCCUGGAUAUUGUUACAGCGGAUUCCGCUCGAGUCUCUCAGGAGCGAGAGCCUUUAUCGACCAUUUAAUGGAAAUGCUUGUCGCACUUUCGACUGAGGAAGGUGGCCGUCAGCUUGUCUGGGCUGCGGUCGGUGGAUCUGGUUCGGAGGAAAAGCUCAAAGGGGGGUAUGUCUCGUUCGGCAAAGUCGUGGAACCGAGCGACUUUUCUAUCAGCGAGGAAGGACAAGCACUAGAAGAGAAAUAUUGGAAUCAACAGCUGGACAUCUUGAAAGGAGUCGAUCCGCGUGUAAAGCAGAUUAUCGAUGAGUACCUGCAGAAUUAA